UAAGAGUAUAACGUCUUGUUUAGUUUGUUGGAAAAAAUUUGGCAUGAUGAAUCAGAUUUAUGUGUUGGCUAUUCUUACUUUUACUGGUACCUACGCCCAAACUUUACUGGACGGAAAGUGUCCAAGUGUUAAUGUGGUUCAAAACUUUGACGUGGAAAAGUACAUGGGAAAAUGGUUUGAACAAGAGAAAUAUCCCUUUUUUCACGAAACUGGAGGAAAAUGCAUCUCCGCAGAAUAUUCCUUGAAUCCCAAUGGUACAGUCAAAGUUCUAAACAGUAAGAUUGAUAUCUCGAGCGGUAACUCAAGUUCCGCCGAAGGAAACGCUCGUUUGGCGUCUGAUACGGGAGAGGCAAAACUAUUAGUACAAUUCCCCUCCAACCCAGUGAAAAGAGAGGCUCCUUAUUGGGUUUUGAGUACAGAUUACAAUACAUAUUCGAUCGUAUGGUCUUGUGGUGAAAUGAAGUCAUCAUCCAUUCGGUUCCUUUGGAUUCUGACAAGAGAACGAAAUCCCAAAAAGGAAAUAAUUGAGAAGGCAUAUGCUAUUUUGGAUGAGCAGAAUAUUUCUAAGACCUAUCUUCAGAAGACAAAUAGGGAAAAUUGCCCAGAAGAGCGGUAAUUAUUGAAAAAUGAUACUGAAUAAAAGCUUAUGAAAAAGUACUUGCCUAAUUAUGGUUUUUGAAUAUAGUUGAAUAGAAAUUAAAAAAUUGAAUCAACA